AUGAGGAUAUGGCUGCAGGCUGUGUUACUACUACUGCUGCUGACGAUCCCAGAAAUAUUGAAGGGCUGUGAUGGCUGCUGGGAAAACGAGAGAAUCGCCCUCCUUCACCUCAAAUCCUCACUUCAUGAUGAUCCAAACAAUCUGACACCUCCAUUAAUGGGCGGCGGCGGCGAGAAGGGAACAAAGAAUCAUUCCGAUGACGACUGCUGCCGUUGGGAUGGAGUUCGUUGCCAUCCCACCACGGAGAAAGUCACCGAGCUCACGCUUACUAAUACCAACAAUGAAAACUCGACAUUGCCGUAUUUGAAUGCUUCCUUCUUGCUGCUGCCUUUCCAAGACUUGAGAGUGCUUUCACUGUUCGGCUACCAUAUACUUGGUUGCUUGGAGAUUAAUAAUAAUGCAGGGCAUCAGCCUCGUGGUUUUUGCAACUUAAAUCAUCUGCAAGUACUAAGCCUCGACGAAAACGAUCUGUCGGGUGAGCUGCCGCGGUGUCUAUCGAAUUUGACUUCUCUGCAACACUUGGACGUAAAGAGGAAUCGAUUUUCAGGAGAUAUAGCCGAGUCUCCCCUUCCAGCUCUCAUGGCCCUCGAAUACAUCGACAUUUCACACAAUCAAUUCCGAAUUCCAAUGUCCCUCCUUCCGUUUUUCAACCAUUCUCGUCUUCGACACUUCGUGAGCGGAUAUAAUCGAGAAAGUUAUGGAGAUGCCGCCGCCGCCGCCGAUCAAUAUGAUUCAGUACGACAGCCACUUUUCCAACUGGAACAACUGGACUUGUCUUCGCCGCAUGUUGAUGGCGGAUAUGUCAAAUUCCCCAAAUUCCUCUAUUAUCAAAACAGCUUGGAAGCUGUUGAUGUCUCAAAUGUCAACAUGAGGGGAGCUGUUGGGUUACCAGGGUGGUUGAUGGAUAACAACACAAACUUGCAGGAUCUUUAUCUCACCAACUGCUCGCUUUCGGGGCAUUUGGAAUUGCCCAAGAUCAUCCAUGAGAAUCUAACUAGUUUAGACAUCUCCAGCAAUGACUUCUUUCCUAGCCACCUACCACAAGAUGUCUGCACGUCCUUUCCAAAUAUGUUACAUCUAUCUGUAUCCGACUGCAACUUCUUUGGUAAAAUACCAUCGCAGUGGUCAAAGUGUACCUCAUUUCAAGGACUGGACGCAAGUAAGAAUCAACUGUCGGGUGAGAUUCCGAAAUGGAUCUGGAAUGUGUCGACGCUCCUAGACCUUUCGAGCAACGAUUUUUCGGGAGGUCUACCGCCGGGGUUCAUAUCACCCUCGAUGGAGGAAGUUUACUUGUCGAGAAAUCGAUUGGGAGGGACCUUGUAUGAUCAAGACGAGACUUCUCGCGCUGCCGAUGAUAUUGAUUAUUCAAGCUACUCAUUGGCCUUCUUGGAUCUCAGUCACAAUCAUUUCACGGGUAGAAUCCCUGAAUGGAUUGCUAGACUGAGACCUUAUUUGGCCUAUAUCUUAUUGAAUGACAACCAGUUUUAUGGAGUGGUUCCAACAGGGUUUUGCUUGGAGUGUUCGGGGUUGAUUAACCUUUCUCACAAUCGUCUUUCUGGCCGUCUUGUCCGUGCAAUAUUCGAUUCAAAUAUUACCAGCUCUGGCGGACCAUCGAAUAUGAUCCAAAGCCCUGUUGGUGAUGUGGAGUUUGUCACAAAGACACAUUUAUAUACUUACCAAGGGGAUCUUCUCCUUCUAUUCUCUGGUUUGGAUUUAUCGAGCAACGAUUUCACCGGCGAGAUUCCUCCCCAAAUUGGUCAUCUGGACUACGUAAAGGUUCUAAAUUUGUCACACAACAAGUUCACGGGACCGAUCCCGCCCAGUAUUGCAAACUUGUCUCAGAUUGAGAGUUUGGAUCUUUCUCACAAUAACUUGAGUGGAGUGAUUCCCUAUCAACUCACGAAGCUGAAUUCUCUAUCCUCUUUCAGCGUGGCUUACAACAAUUUAUCUGGUAUGUGCCCUCCGAUGAUUGCACAAUUCAGUACAUUCAAUGAAAGUAGCUAUGGAGGAAAUCCCUUUCUUAACUGCACAUUAUCACCCAUGACAUCAAAUCCACCACUAAGACCGACAACUUCUGAGGAUGAUGACGAUGAUGAUGGAGAAGGAGGGUUCCUUGACAUGGAGAGUUUCUAUGCAAGCGGCUUGGUAUCUUACAUCAUGGCGUUGUUGAUAAUUACUAGUGUUUUGUACAUAAAUUCGUACUGGCGACAAGUAUGGUUUUAUUAUGUUGGGAUCACCGUAACUACUUGCUAUUAUUUUGUGGUGGACCAUCUUCCAGUGCCGACCAGAUACAAGUUCUGGGAACCUUCCGUAUAG